CCUCAAUCUACCAGGCCUGUGCUCGUCCACCAUUCUUUCCCAAUAUCGCCUCCUCGAAAUAUCCUAGCACCUGCGAAAGGAUGAGCUUUAUAUAAGGAGCUCUUUCAUAUAAUGGCUUUGCCUCUCUAAGACCAAUGCAGACUGCACACAAACACGCGCCAUGAUCACUCCUCCGCAGCCCGCCAUGACCGCGCCGCUCGAUCUGGAAUCUGCCGGCCGUGAGUUCGACAAAUGGCUGGAUUGGAAUGGGACUGCAAAUGCCUUUCCACGAGCUCUCGAAGAAGAUAAUCUUGCUACGACAACUCAAAGUCUGCUCACCCUCCCAAUAUCUCCAUCGUCGACCGCGAAUGGGGAUUCCCACCCUACCCAACUCAAGACCGACCUCCUCACCGCUCCUCCCUCUCAAGAUCUGUUGACCCCGCGACACAGUUCAGCUUCUCCAGAAUCACGAUCCAGUCUUGAGAUGCGACUCAGCGGAGAUACCCUCAGAGAACAGCCAACCCCAAGCAUGCGGCCCAUGCUCAAGCGGAAACUGUCACCUACGGACGUACCAACCAUGGACUAUCGCCAUGAUGCACCCAAUCCUGCUGCCAAGAAGCGGCCGCACAAUAUAAUUGAGAAGAGAUAUCGUGCCAAUCUGAAUGAGAAGAUAGCCGAGUUGAGGGACAGCGUGCCUAGUCUUCGUUUCGCUCAAAAGUCCAAGGUUCGGGAGUCAGCCAACGGGGAUUCUGACGAUGACGAUCUGGACGGCCUCACUCCGAGCAACAAGCUCAACAAGGCUUCGAUCUUGACAAAGGCAGUCGAGUACAUUCGCCACCUCGAAUUUCGUACAAAGCGUCUAGAGGAGGAGAACAAGUCGCUAAAAGAACGGCUCGAGACCCUGGACAAGGUCAUCGCUCAAGGCGGUCACGAUGCCCAAAGAGCUGCUGCUUUCACAAGCAACGUGGUGAUAGAAGAAUCUUCACCCGCUUCAAGCACCCAUUCUCCCUCGUCUGCACCGACAAACACAACAGCCAACCCUCCACAAGGAUUGAUUCCACAACCUGAGAGUUGGAGACGUCUACGACAAAAUCAACCCCAAGAACACUAUGGCCACAUCUACGAAACCCCAUCAGAACGCUCCAAAUUCAAGGGCAAAUGGCCUACGAGGAUCGUUCUAGGCUCGAUCGCCAGUCUAAUGGUGAUAGAUGGCCUUAGUGAGUCCGAUAUGGGCUCAAAAUCCCGUGAGAAGGGUCUUUUUGGAAUUCCUCUCGAGCUACUUGACGGCUGGAAAUUUCUACGGUCACCUCGAAUAUACAUGGCCGCUUUCAGCCAGUUCUGUCAGGCCGGUGGCAUCAUACCUUUGAUCAAGGGAUUCAUCGCUCUGACAUUUCUGGCUUUCCUCAUCUUUUCAUACUUGUUCAAUUCGAAGCCUCCGCCAAAGGCUGAUGUCGAGGAGUUGGGCACGCCUUCGAGACAGGUUCCAGCUCCGGCCUCGCCCAUUCAAGUUCGACGCCGCGCCUGGAGCACCAGCAUGCAGGAACUGCAUCUUCCUCACCAUCACUUCUUCCCCGAAUGGAUGGCGAUCACUUGUGAAUGGCUCAAGUAUACCUUUGGCUACGUCUUUGGGGCGCGGGCCUAUGCUUGGCUUACCGGUCGCACCGCUGACGACGACGUGGCUCGGAUCAAGGCCUGGGACAUUGCAAUUGACGCACAAUUGGCUGGUGGUGAUGCCGAAGUGAGCCGAAGCCGAUUGCUCCUCACAAUCUUCGGCGCAGGGACUCUGCCCCGGUCGCCUUUACGGUUGAUGCUGAAGGCCCUCCAUUGCCGGGUGCUGCUGUGGAAUGUGGGCUCACUCGGAACUGGAGUAUCCAGGAUCGCUAACCGCGUCGGGAAAUUCUUUGCAAACAGACAAUGGAGCCGCGCCAAAGACUCGCACGACAAUUUACCCCUGCAUCAUCCGGAUCCCCUCCCUCCGUAUCUCUCGAACAUGCUUGAGAUGCCGUGCGAUCACGUCUUCCUGGACACGGUCUGUCAGAGGGCGUACAAUUUGAUGUAUGAUCGACCCACACAGGAAGAUUCUACAAAUCCUCUGCUUGACGUCGUUGUUGAAGACCAUGCGGUCAGAUCACCGCUUGACGCAGUUGCCGCCUGGCGGUCAAUGGUAUCAUUGACAGAGGCUUUGGAGCUGUCUUUACACUCACCCGAGGCAUCCGAUCGCGUCCAAGAGCACUUGAGCGCUGCGCUCAAAAUCGCGCCACCUGGUUCCGCCGCUGAAACGCGGGCGUUGGCCGCAAGCUCGGUGCUAAGCAAUACUGCUCGCGCGGACUAUUUCGUGCGGGCGUCCGAUGCCAUGAAAAUCCUGUCCACUCCUGUUCCGCAACCAGAAGCCGAGACUCGGCCCCCUUAUUUCAUCGACUCGUCGACUCCGCCAUCAGCUAGGACUGAUAUUAUGAAUUGUUUGCAUUGCGCAGAAGCUUUACGGAUCCUUGAUCGUGAAGAUCACAGUGCCCAGGAUAAUGAAGAGACGGCGUUGGCCUUCUACAAUGCGAAGAAUCUCGAGAUCGAAGGCACGCACCUGUUGACGCAGGCAGCGAGGAAGCAUCUUCUCCAGCGUCUGCCAGCAAUUGAGAAGCCAGCGACCGCUGGGAGAGAAGAGGUUCGCGUUCUACCACACGAUCACAUAUUCGCGGCUGACGUGUUGGGUAUGCAAAAUAGCCAAAACAAGAUCCUGCGCCGGUAUAGCGAGGCCAGCACCGACUCUGGCUAUGAUAGUCAGGAUGCCUGUAUAUCCUACUGGGACAUAGAUGCUGGGUCACUGUCCUCCGCUUAAACAGCUCGAUACCUCUCGCGAGACACGGGAUUACGGUCUGAAUGUUUAAUAAAGAAUCAGAGCUGGUCUUUUCCUGAUGGCGGUAUAAAUGAUAAUGAGCUGCCUCUUGGUCGAAUAGUAUACGGGUUUUGUCGAUGUACAACACUUUUCAAUAUAGGAUUAUGACGAAUUAAUCUAAGACCUUAUGACCGAGC